CAAGCAGAUGAAAUCUACUGGGCUGUGAGUAAGAUGGCAUUUCAGAGCUACUUACUGGUGGUUUAUCUCUGUCUCUCUUGGACUGAGCAUGUGACUGGGCAGCCAUGUGUAGAUGGGUACAUACUCAACACCAAUGGAACAUGUGUCGACCAGGAUGAGUGUCUCACGGGUCCAUGUGGACCCUACUCAAUCUGCCACAACAGGAUUGGAGGGUUUCACUGCACUUGCCAGACUGGAUUCGCCUCAGUGUCCAAUCAGUUGCUCAAUGGUAAAACAGUGUCAUUCUGUCGAGAUGUGAACGAGUGUCUCUCUCGCCCCUGUGGGCCCACUGCAAUCUGCCACAACACUGAGGGGAGUUUUUAUUGUACUUGUGAUCGAGGAUUUUACUCUGUCUCUGGAAACUAUCAGUUUGCUGGUGAAGCUGAGUCCCACUGUAGAGAUAAAGACGAAUGUCUGUCUGAUGUAUGUUCGUCCAAUGCAACCUGUCACAAUACUGAAGGAAGCUUUUACUGUACGUGUAAUCAAGGCUUUUACUCUGCGUCUAUCGAUCGCCAGUUUGCUGGUAAAAACAAGUCCUCCUGUAAAGAUAAAGACGAAUGUCUGUCUGAUGUAUGUCCGUCCAAUGCAACCUGUCACAAUACUGAAGGAAGCUUUUACUGUACGUGUAAUCAAGGCUUUUACUCUGUGUCUAUCGAUCGCAAGUUUGCUGGUAAAAACAAGUCCUCCUGUAUAGAUUACAAUGAGUGUGAGACUUAUCCAACAAUAUGUGGAGAUAAUGCAAGCUGCCAUAACAAUGCAGGGAGUUUCUAUUGUACAUGCCAUGAAGGAUUUGCCCGGUCAAAUGAAGAGACGACUUUUACUGGAUACGGGAAAGGCUGUCAAGAUGUUAAUGAAUGUGACUUCAGUCCAUGUGGUUCUCAUGCCAGCUGUAGGAACACAGUGGGAAGUUAUAUCUGUACAUGUGACCCUGGCUUUAUAUCAUCGUCUGGAGGCAACAGAAUGCAUGACACCGAUAGAUGCAUCAAAUUUGACUGUCCUUCUGAUGAAGUUGCCAAAUGUUCAUCCGCAACCAUGGAGACAGAGUGGAUACAGGGAAACAGUUCAGCUCCUGAGCAUGAUGAUCCAACCUGCUCAUUCAUCAGCUUCUUCCGUGCCUAUAAUGUGUGUGAAAAACUGCACAGUCAAGAGGACUUUGAUUUUGAGGAGAACCUGAAGAACCUCACCUCGCUAACAGAGGAGCUGCUCAGAAACCAGUCCCACUUGGAAAAUCUGGGCGGGCAGGAUCGACAGAGAGCCCUGGAGGUAUCCUUACAGACCAUUGAAAGCUCAGUGAUGGCCUUGGCGUACACACUCAGUGAUCAGGAAAAGAAGAACAUGGCGUUUGGAAAUAUCGAGGUUGAAAUGGAGGUGCUACGAGGACGUAACUUUACACACGAGGAAACUGCAUCGCUGUCGGCGAAGGGGAACCAGAUGAACAUCCACUGGCGGGCGGUUACUGACAGAGAGGAUUCUGGUUUCGCCAGCGUGGCGCUCAUCGCCUUCUCGGAGAUGGAGUCGGUGCUGAACGGCUCCUUGGACAGUGAUGGUGGCCUGUCCCUGAAUUCUCACGUUGUGACCGUCACCUCCUCCCACAAGGGCAGGCAGGCCCUCGCUGAGCCUGUUAACAUCACCUUCCGGAACGAGCGAGAGAAGAAGCCUCGAGUCAAAGUUGUCUGCAUCUCCCUGAACCGUACAAGAAGCAGAAACCAUUGGUCCCAGCAAGGCUGCACUGUGGUAAAUUCGAACACCACACACACGAUGUGCAGGUGCACGCACCUAACCAGCUUUGCAGUGCUGAUGGCACUGUAUGAGACCCAGGAUCCCUGGCAUCUGCUGAACCUCAGUCUGAUUUCGUACGUUGGAAUAAGCAUCUCCCUCGUGUGCCUCGUUAUUUCAUUCCUCACCUUCCUGAUCUGCCGUACAAUCCAAGGCACGCGCACCACCAUCCAUGCCCACCUGUGCCUGUGUCUGUUUCUGGCGGAGCUGCUGUUCCUCGUCGGUAUCUCUCAAACCAGUAACCAGCUUGUCUGUGCGAUCAUCGCUGGAUUUCUACAUUACUUCUUCUUGACUGUGUUUGCCUGGAUGUGCCUGGAAGGGAUACAGCUCUACCUGAUGGUGGUGAAGGUUUUCAACGCGGGAUGCCUCAGGAAACGGCACAUCCUCCCAUUUGGCUACGGGCUGCCUCUCCUAGUUGUUGGGAUCUCCGCUGCCGUGCGUCACGAGGGCUAUGGAACAAGCAAGCACUGCUGGCUGUCCCUGGAUAAACAUUUCCUGUGGAGCUUCCUGGGACCGGUCUGUGCUAUUAUAAUGAUCAAUAUAGUCUUCUACUGCAUCACCCUGGUCAAGUUAGCAAAGAAAAUGUCCUCCAUUCAGAAAGACGCCCCAAAACUGAAGAUGUUCAGGUCCUUUACAGUGACAGCGAUCGCUCAGUUAUUUCUCCUCGGCUGUACCUGGAUAUUUGGGAUUUUCCACUUUCAGAAAGAAACCAUCACUAUGGCGUAUAUAUUCACCAUCAUUAACAGCCUACAAGGAGCAUUCAUCUUCAUUCUUCACUGUCUACUCAACAAACAGGUGAGGGAUGAAUACCGGAAAUGGUUCCCAUGCUGCUUGAAGCCCAUUUUGUACUCCGAGUUCAUCCAAUCGUCCAUGGUCCCAAUGAUCAGUCUGCAGUCGAAGAACAGCUCAACAUAUCAGAUCAGAGACAGCAGCUGUCACAACGCAGCAUGAACAACCUCUCCCUGGCCCAGACCGUCUGGAGAUGGGACUGCCAUGCACUUUAUCACUAGGAUUUUGCUGGGAUGGGUCCUCUCAGGGAAUAUUGUGUGGGAUCUUCCAUUGGGAUGCUGUUUCUGAGCAUUCCCAAUGGUCCUAAAGAGCCCUAAAAAUGGGUUGGCCUGAGCAACUACCCCAUGAUGGAGUGAUUCGAAUUGAAAUGAACUGGAUGAGGAGAUCCAUGUUUGAGAUGUGCAUUCAACAUCAAUGUUACCUUUCAGGGGGAACUUCUUUUUCUGUCAUGAGUUUUGCAUUGUACAGUAACAGUUUACCAUGAGCUGUUGAAACUUCAUGUAUGUUAAGGAGUUAUAUGAAUGAUUCUGACUGAACAUGCUUGAUAGCUCAUCCUACCCAUUGAGUUCUGUGCUGCUGUACUUUAUUAUCCUAACAUUUUGAGUUACAUUUUCUGCUCCGCACUUUCUCUCAACUUUGUAAAUAAACAUGCCGCAAUCUAAAGGAAA